UACACACUCAGCUUUGAGGUCAUUACGACCCUUGACACCUCCUUAGCCAUCAACAACACGAAGGCGAUCAACCAUCGGACGAGGACCAAAAGUCACCAAUUGAAGCAAGAGCGGGAAACCCACAUCCGGGAAUAAUGACAACAAAUUAAGGCCAAAGGAGAUUCAGCCAGUAUCAUAGUUAUCGUCAAUAAUAUGUCCCUCUACGGCGACCUCCCACCGCCCAGUGCCUCCUCAGCCGAGGGAGAGAAUCCCACUCAAAAACAAGACUCGGAUCCCAAGGAUGGUGUAGCCGCUUCGUCUAAAGCUACUGCAAAACCGGUUCUCCCUGCUGGAUGGGCGUCGUCAAUCACCCGCCUUAAGCCCACGCUGAAUCGGAAGUUAGCCGCAGUCAAGCCAAAAACAGCCGUACGCACCAUCCCCGCUGGAUUCGCCGCUCAGUCGUCCACAAUAACUGCAUCAGCAGCAGCAUCGUCAACUGAUAUCCAAAGUGGAGCAUCACAGGGAUCUAAUGCAAUAGCGGAACUUUCCGCUCCGGCUGCGACAUUAUUCUCGCCGCCCAAACAGCCUGAAAAGACCGUGGACGAAAACAGCUGGCUAAAAGCAAGGACUGCGCAGGUUCAGCGUCAAGAGUACGAUGCCAUGGCAUAUGUGAGAAAGCAAGCAAAGAAACCACCGGUGAAGGGUCAGGUUGGGCCCAUCUCACUUGACGACGACUAUGAUAUCGCUCGACCGAACGAAUAUGAAGAAUUCAAGGUGCUCUUCGAGAACGAGUGGCGAUUACGCGAGGAGGAAAAACAACAACAAAAAUUACAAGAACGGACUUUGAGAUACAGGCGCUCACUUUCACGCUCAUCUUCACCUUCACGGACUCGUUCGCGUUCCUACUCGCGCUCCAGGUCCAGAUCCAGGGGUCGCUCCCACUCUGCCUCUCGUCGGCGGUCUCGGUCUCAAUCACCCAAAUCUGCAGCGACUCGCUUUCGCCGCUCACGCAGCCGCGACUAUAGUCCUUUAUCACGAACACGCGCUCCACAUAGUAGAGGAGAUCGAUCGAGAAGCAGAAGCAGAAGCAGAGGCAGGAGCCCACAUCCUUCCCGCAGGGGUGGUCAUCCUAGAUCCAGGUCGAGGUCGAGAUCAUAUUCUCCAAGGCGGUCGCCCAGCCCUGUUGCACGAAGACUCAAUUCUCCUCCUGGUAGCAGCGGUCAGGGACAUGGACAUGAAAGACCAGCGACUGCAUACAAGGCGUUUAUGCCGCCCGUUAGCUACUUUACUGAAUCUGAUACCACGCGCAGUACACCCGUAGUACCGCCAAUAGUUGGUGCUGCAGGCGCCACUACUGCAAGCCAUGUGAGCGCGAAUGAUGUGUCAGGCGAAGAUGCAUUCCUGCGGCGAGCUCGUUUAAGCCAGCAGCAGCAACGACCUGUGAAUCCCAUUGCGCCUGCAUCUCAACCUGCGCUGCAAUCGCGGCCCGCCUUUGUUCCUAGCACGCAGCAAGUGCCCUCCAAAGGAACGCCAUCCACCGUAAUUUUAUUGACGAACAUGGUGGGGCCAGGCGAAGUAGACGACUCCUUACAGGAAGAGACAGCAGGCGAAUGUGAAAAGUACGGCGCGGUCGUACGCUGUCUCAUUUUUGAGGUCCAGAACGGCAAGGUACCGCCUGAAGAGGCUGUACGGAUUUUUGUCAAGUUUGGGGCUCUGGGUUCCGCUGAGCGGGCGCUCAAAGAUCUCGAUGGCCGGUUCUUUGGAGGACGCCAGGUCCGUGGCCAGUUCUUCGAUGAGACCCGGUUUGAUCAAUUGCAGCUGGCUCCAUGAACAACAUAAUAAAGCAACCAAAAACAGUUGGAUUUCUAUUGUAA